CGUCUCCGCGCAUGCUCAGACUGUUUCCGCGUGACAUCGACCCGCUGCUACGGCGGGCCACUUGUGACCAAGUACGCGGCGAGCGGACGCCACUUAUUCGGCUCAGGUUAAAAGGAACGGAGAGAGUUCUAUUCCACUGACGUUCUGUUCCAGCAACAUGAAAUUGUCCAAUCUUAUGCCGCGCCAAUGGAUUUAAGUGAAGGAUCCAAAGAUUCUGUGCCUGCUCUUCAUCAGUGGUCAACCAAGCGCAAAGAACAAAGCGAGGGAAUGGAGGUGUCACAUGCAUUGGUUGAAGAUCCAGAAAGUGAGGUGAGCGAAAACUGCAGGCAAGGUGCAACCACUGGGCCUGAAGAUGCGAAGGACUUGGGUGGCAGUGGUGAUCUGGAAUUAAAGGUGGACUCCGAUGCAUAUCAAAGUAAUAUCGGGACACAAGGUAGCAAGCAGCCAUCUGCUGGUGACCCUCCGGCCAAAAGAAUAAAACUUGACACUUUGGAAGGAUCGCACGAUAGCAGGAACACUGUGGUCGCAGAGACCAAUUCACUGCCAAUUCUGCCAUCUGACCUGAAGCAAUCUCAGAUGCAUACCAGUGAAGUGCAAAAUGAUGUCAAGGGAGUUGCAGAAGACCAAACUGGAGUUUGCCAGAAUCAGACUAACAAGAUUGAAGCAGGAGCAGCUCUGCCAUGCGCCUCUUGCAACUUUACAGCGAGAAACAAAAUUGCACUAAAAAUUCACACAAAGCAACUUCACUUCAAUGACAAUGAUCUUGUCUGUGAGAUCUGUAAUGUUACCAGCUUAUCAAAGAAGAGCCAUAGAAAGCACCUUUCUUCAAUUCUCCACAAAAAGCUAUCGAAAGGCACAAGGAAAAAUACAGGCACAAAGGAAGGAUUUAACUGUAGGCUUUGUGGCCUGUUGUUGCCUUCGCGCUAUGACUUGGACAAACACAUUAAGGAGAAUCAUUCUAAAAGGUCCAAAGCCCAUGUUUGCCCUCAGUGCAAAUUCAAGGCAGAGAGUGGAGCAGCUUUGCAGGCACAUCUCAAACAAAAUCAUGUGCAAAAAGAAAGUUUAAGCUGUGAGUUGUGUGGCUUCCGGUGUUACGAUGAAAACCUACUGAAAACCCAUUGCCAUGGGAAAACCCACCUCCGCCGUAAGAAUCUUGCGGCACGAGGUGGAUAUAUACAUUUGCUCUCCAAAAAGAGGCCUCCCGCCGAAUCUGGUUCAAAAGGCAAAGUGGACAGAGCAAAAUGCAUUAAUUCCAAUGACUUAAAUUUGAGCAAGAAACCCGAAAAUUUGGGAAGAACAAGGAGCAAAAGCUCUGCGCAGAAGAAUAACGGAAGUGCAAAGUGUUUUGAGAAAUCCAAGCAUCCAGGUAAUGAUCACUGUGAAGAAGCUGCAUCCAGUAAAACAGAUGAACGAGCAGAGCUUGAUGAUAGCUGUGCUGGAAAAACAAUGCCCCAAAGAACUUCACGAAGAGUAAAGGAGCCAACUCAUCUUCUCAAGGAACAGGUUGGCAAACAAAGAUUAAAGUGCUCUGAAGAAGGUACCGUUAGUGGUUUGAGACCACGUAGUGGGCGAUGCACGGACAACUCUGAACAUAUUCGGCGCACGAGAAGUGGGCUUUCCCAUGAAUUGGUGAGGAAACAGAGGCUUUCUCAAAACCUUCGAGGACGAAGAAGUCUUUUGACAAAGGAUAAGUGCCAAGGCAGAGACCGGCAUCCUCGUCGUAGAGAGGUUAUUCCUGAUUUCCAGCCAAGUAGAGGCAAACCUCCUGGAAAGAGAAACGGGGGUGUAAAAUCGAAAGGUAAAAAUGUCAGAGCAACAGACAAACAAGACGAUAAACCUGAGAAUGAAGCGGAACCUGGUGAUGCAGCCUCAUCAAUGGUAACCGAUGAUGUGAAUGUAGAAAACAAGAAGUCUUCUACAAUAAGUUGCCCAAAUGGAAAUGAAGAAGGCCAAACAACUACACCAGUUGUUCUUCAUGAACCAACACUAGUUAAAAACAACACAGAAAGUACGUCCCAGGUUCAAAACCUCGUGUCCCCGUCUACCAACAUUGGAGAUAAUAAAGGCCCCAACCUUGAGAACCCUGAAAUGAAGCUAAGCCCGGCCGACCGCAAAGCCCUUCGCACUUGCUCCUACUGUAGUCAUGUGUUUCAGAACAGAAAAGGGUUGGAGGUUCACAUAAAGAGGCGCCACACAAAAGAAAUGGACUUCCACUGUCAACCGUGUGGCUAUGCUUGUGUCACAAAGGGUGACUUUGAAAAGCAUUGUCAAAGCAAUAGGCAUCAAUUAAAUUUCUCUCAAAUUGAUUGUCGGCUCUGCACGUUUGUGACCACAGAUGAAGGGGCUCUGAAGGAGCACAUGAGCCAAGAACACAAAAUGGCCUUUUACUGCUCAACAUGCAGACUGCACUUUGCACUGGAAGAGGAUCUCGUUGAUCACGAAGGCUCCGAGCAGCAUACAAGCCAACUGCUUCCACCGCAGAAAGAGAACACAUUGGAACAAAUUGCAAAUCAACAGCCGAGGGAAGAAAAUCUAAUUAAAAUCAUCUCAGAUGGCAAUGCAGAACUCGCCAUUCCAAGAUCUGGCCUUUCGUUAAAAGAUCCCCAGAAACCUUCUAUAGCCAGAGUGGUUGCAGGUAACAUUUUGAGGCGUUCAACACAUAGUAGGCUUCAAUUGCAGUGCAAAAGCUGCUUUUACAAAGCUCGAUCAGCAACUGUACUUUUGAAGCACAUAAGACUCCGACAUGCACAAGAGUAUCGAUUUCUUUGCAAAGUAUGUAGCCUCUACACGAUUAGCAGAGAAGCUAUGGAAAAACAUAUUAAACGGAGUAGACACAUUGAGAAUGCUAAGAAAAGAAACCUAGGGCCAUCAGUGGAUGAAUGUGUGGAAGAGGUGUCCAUCGAUAUCCAGGAUGUCCAAAAAACUAUAAAGACUACUGGGGCUUUGGGGAAUGUUAAUAGUGAGAUAGACAAAGGCUGCGUCCAGGUCCUUGAGCCUUCGAAAUCCAAAGAGGAAUUUGUUGUAACCUGGGAAAUAUCAGAAGGUGAUGCAACCAAUGUGGAAAAUGUUCAAAAAGACAGUGUUCUUCCGAUAACAGAAGGCAUGAAGAAAGAGCGGCCAAAAGGUGCUAUCUCCAGAACGUGUCCCCAAUGUGGUUUAUUGGCUUCCAGUGUGACAAACCUGAACAUUCACAUAAGGCGGAAACACAGCCAUCAAUAUAGCUACUUUUGCAAGGCAUGUAACUACUAUACUGUCACCAAAGGAGACAUGGACCGUCACUGCAACACAAAGAAACACAAAAAUCGCGCUGAUGUCUCCAAGCCUGUAGAGAUCUGUAGGAAAGCCAUCACACCUGACAACAAUAAGGAAAAUCCUCAAACGGUUGGAACUGAUCCUCCUGCACUUCCUGCAAUUGAUUGCGUUGAGCAAAGCAACAGAGUUUCAACUCCAGAGAUCCCUGAAGUAAAUGGGCAAGCUGGAGUCGUUGAAAACUGUACCCGUGUAAAUUUAGAGAGUGUAACGUCAGUCCAAAAUCAGUCGCGUGUGGAUGAGCAAAAAGGGCCAGAGGCAAUUCUUGAGGUGGAAUCAAAUAGUACGGGGCAGGAUGGCAGUUCAUCAAGUUCAAAGCGACUCAAAGGAAACCAUGCCACUACUUGUGCGUACUGUGGUUUUGUGGCUUAUUCCCAAGCUACUCUGGAAUUGCAUGUUAAGCGCAAACACACAAAGGAUUUUGACUACUACUGCAUGGCCUGUGACUACUAUGCUGUCACUAGACGGGAAAUGAUGAGACAUGCUUUUACAGAAAAGCAUAAGCUCAAAAGUCAAUCCUACCUUAAAUUAAAUCAUGUUAAAGGACAACCUGAGAUGAGUGGAUCCAUAACACCAACUGAUGCGGCAAACGAUGGGAAUAAGAAGGAAGAGAAUGAGAAUUCUACACUUAAAGGGAGAAGCGAUGAGGGGGAGAAAGCUUCAGAAAUUCCUCUAGAGGCUACCCAGGAGUUUGCAUCAAGCAUUGAACCUGAGAGAUUACCAGAAAGCAAGGAGGUAACUUAUGAGCAUGAAGAGACGACUGCUGUGUUUGAGUCGACAGUAACGGAGGAAAAAUCCUUCCAAAUUGAGAUGGUUAACCAAGAAGAACUUGUUGAGACAUUACCCACAGUGCAGAAUUCAGAGAAUUGUGCUGAAGUUGAACCUGGAAAGUUAAAUGCAGAUACCACCUGCCCAGGUGCCAAGAGUCAUUCCCGAGAUUUGAAUUCUGCUUCAGUUGAGUCAGUGCAACAGGAAAACUCUCACGAUCAGGUUUGUGAUGCACCACUGGAAGGCAAUUCAAGUCGGUGUGUAGACACAGUCACAGUGCAGGAAACUAAUGCGACAAGCAAUGACACUGGUUUACAAGUUGAAGCUUCUCAGACUGGAGCAGUGGGUGACCAUCUAGCGGGACCCCAAGGAAGUGAUAGUCCGAAAGAUGAUGUUAAAUCGACUGUGAACUUGAGUAGCAGACCAGGUGAAAUGGUUGAUCCAAAUGCAAACAUGUUAAGUGACAGUGGUUUGCCAGAGGAUGCAAAGCUGGGAGUGGAACCUUCAUCCCUCCUUGGAGGCAGUGAAGGUAACUCCACAGAACAGAGUGAAGAUGGAGAUCCGAAUGUCACAGGAAUUCAGCAGCCAGAGAAGAAUCUGGAUAACAUUCAAGUUAACCUUGUGCAGCAAGUUGAGAACAGCUGUGAAGACAUUGCUGCUCCAGCUACAACGGAGGUGCCUGGGCAAAAUGAGGCAGACUGUAAUCAGGUUACAGAGGCUGAAGAAGCUCAAAAUAAAGGCCAAGCAAUUGUGAGUGAGAAGACCGUGGAUGCAAAUAAAGUGACACAAGACCUGGACGGUGACACUGUGGAAGCAGCUGAGAGUUCAAGCGAUGACCUUCGAAAGAUGGAAUUCCAGGUUAAAGGACUGCAAAAAUAUUUUGAGUUUGAUGCUUCCAUUGUCCGAUUAAAGAACAAGUCAUUGACUGAAAAACCUGAGGGCACUGACACUAGUGAGGAUAGCCAGGGAGUGGAUGGAAUCUCACCCAGCGAGUGGGCUGUUGCGAUUUACAAGACCGAUCCUUCACAGCCUGCAAGGAAGAGGAAAGCCAAAGGUGCCUUGCUGCAGGACCCAAAACGUAUUUGCUGUGAAGACUGUGGGUUCUUAGCUGAUGGUAUCAAUGGGUUGAACGUCCACAUCGCUAUGAAGCAUCCUUCUGCGGAAAAACACUUCCACUGCUUGCUGUGCGGGAAAUCCUUCUACACAGUGAGUAACCUGCAUCAGCAUUUGGCCAGUGUUGGUCACCAGAGGAUGGAACAGGAGAGCGUGGAAGAGUUGCCUGAGGGUGGAGCUACCUUCAAAUGCGUCAAGUGCAGCACACCUUUUGAUUCAGAGCAGGACCUCUUUGUACACAUAAAGCAGAAGCAUGAGGAAAUGCUGAGGGAAGUAAACAAGUACAUCGUGGAAGACACUGAGCAGAUAAACUGUGAGCGGCAGGAGAAUCGAGGGAACGUCUGCAAGUACUGUGGGAAGGUGUGCAAGAGCAGCAAUUCUCUGGCAUUCCUUGCUCACAUCCGCACGCAUACUGGAUCAAAACCUUUCCGAUGUACACUCUGCAAUUUUGCAACAGCACAGUUAGGAGAUGCUCGUAAUCAUGUCAAACGACAUCUUGGGGUGCGUGAAUACAAGUGCCACAUGUGUGGAUGGGCCUUUGUUAUGAAGAAACAUCUUAGCACUCAUUUAUUGGGCAAACACGGUAUUGGAACACCAAAGGAAAGGAAAUUUGUGUGCGAAAUCUGUGACCGGACUUUCACAGAGAAGUGGGCCUUGACGAAUCACAAGAAGCUGCACAUGGGCCAGAAGCCAUUCAAGUGCCCUUGGCUGACCUGCCACUAUUCCUUCCUCACAGCAUCCGCCAUGAGAGAUCACUUUAGGACCCACACAGGGGAGAAGUCAUUUCUGUGUGACCUCUGCAGAUUUGCCGGUGGAACUCGCCAUGCUCUAACAAAACACCGACGACAGCACACAGGUGAAAAGCCAUUCAAAUGUGACCAGUGCAACUUUGCUUCCACAACGCAAUCUCAUCUGACCCGACACAGACGUGUCCACACAGGAGAGAAGCCUUAUAAGUGCCCUUGGUGUGAUUACAGGUCGAACUGUGCUGAGAAUAUCCGGAAGCACAUUCUGCACACUGGCAAACACGAAGGUGUACUGAUGUACAAUUGCCCAAAGUGCGAGUAUGGAACCAACAUCCCAUUAGAAUUUCGGAACCACCUCAAGGAACUUCAUCCUGAUAUCGAGAAUCCAGAUCUGGCUUAUCUGCAUGCAGGCAUAGUCUCCAAGGCAUAUGAGUGUCGACUAAAAGGACACGGGGCACAAUUUGUGGAAACAGCUCCUCCAAGCGCAGAAUCUACUGAAAUUGUGGGCAACUCAGUCAAUGGCAGCUUUCAGCAGCAGGAACCGACCGAGUCUAUCGGGCAAGUCAUCAUUAUUCAAGGCUAUCAAGAUAGCUUUGGAGAAGGUGUUCCCAUCGAUGCCUCUAUGGAAGCUACCGCAGCGGCGACACUUCAGACGCUGGCCAUGGCUGGCCAGAUGACCCAGGUGACGGAGGUGGUCCACCUGACGGAAGACGGUCAACUGAUAGCCACGUCACAUAGUGCCGCACACGCGGGCGCCAUGAUGCCCGGGCAGAUUCUGUCAAGUCACCUGGCGUCCGGCACCACCCAGGUGGUCGUGGUGGAGAGCACCGUCGAAGGGGGGGACCUGGAGGAUGCAUCCAUCACCAUGGAAACGCUUGCUGAUCCCAGUCGGGUCAUCGAACAGGUGGUGACGCAGGAGGACUCAGAGGGGCAGUCGGCGGGCACGCCCACGGCACUGGACGCGCUACUGUGCGCCAUCACGGAGCUGGGGGCGGUGGAGGUCAGGUCCGCUGAGCAGCGAGGCCGUGAGCCCACCAAGGGGGAGUACUGCACGGCGGGGCCUGGCGCCGAAGGGGCCGCGCCGCUCCCAGGCGCGAUGCUGGCAGGUGUGGAGCAGCUCUCCCACAGGGUGCAAGCCGCCAAUGCAGCCAUGAAAGCCGUCGUUGUGGCUUCAGACGUCGGGCAGCCGACUGCCGUUACUGCCGCACAACCUGUUACUCAUGCAUCUCUCAGUGACAUGGUGCAGGAGGUACUACAGUUCACCAUGUGCGACCUCAGGACAGCCAGCCACAUUGUGAAAGACGGCAUCACGCAGGUCAUAGUGACUGAGGAGGGGGCUGCUCACAUGGUGGAGGGAGCAUCCCAGAUCAUAAUGCACGAAGGUGACGAGCAAACGAUAACCACCAGCGGUCACCCUGUGCAGCUGAUAGACUCCGACGGCAGUAUAUCGCAGUUAAUAGUCAUGGAGGAAAUUGCCCAGGCCAUGGUUCAAGGGGCCGCUGCUCACAUGUCCGAGGAAGCAACGCACGUUUUUGUCACGGAGCUGCCGCACGGCAUGGUGAAAGGUAUAGACACCAGGACGGUGACAGAGGUUUACCCACACGGCAUGAUGGAGCUGGUGACUGACGCCGUCUCGUCGCUCGGUCACCCGGUGACAACCAUUGCGCUGACAGAAUGCUACUCGGAGGCCAGGUCGGAAAUCGUCAUGACAGAAUUGCCAGCAGAAACGCAGCAGGAAAUGGAAAUUGGCGGGAACCAGGAGGCAUGACACUCCAUGGGUAGAGCAAGAAACGCAGUGAAAAGAUGCCAUGGUAACUACAUGGUCAUUUGCACCUGUCUGCAACUGGGAAUCUGGCUAUGAAUCCGUGAUGGAGAGAAUGAUAUCCAUUGAACAAGCGAUAACUUAUUAUGAGGACUUCACUGGAACAAUGGAAUUUUGUUUUUUAAUUCACAGUCUGUGACCAUACAGCUCUCGCAGUCAAGUAUGUGCCGGAUGCCUUUUGAAGGCAGCACGGGAGAGUGUAGAUGGGCCUGUGUGUUGCCAUGUACCUCCGCAAUCUCCAUGUAUGGAUUUGCUCAUCCCAGCUGUCAUCAAAGUGGAACGACCCCAGGGGGGGUAACGCAGAGAGGUGAAAGGGUGUACGUGAGAAAAGGAGGGGAACUUUGGCAAUAACUCAAGAACAGUCUUAGUCUUUGUGGAUCAGGUGGAGAGGGGGUGGGAGGGGGGAGUUUUGAGAUCACCUCAGUCUCAGGGAGUGAUGUGGAUCUGGGGGAACCAAAAGUAGUGAAAAAGAAACAUGGUUUACAAAUGAGUUCAAAAAAUGAAUCAUUUAAUGGGGUGACUCAGUCGACCUACGUUUUGUUUCCCCAUUUGAGCACUAAAGAUCCUGAGUGUGAAUCGCCUCAGAACUUUGGUACAAAGCUGAAAGCACUGAUUGAUUGCCACAUAUUUCUUUAAUUACCUUCCUUACACUCAGCAGGAGCAGGAACUGAACAAAAGCCCAGCCAGAAGACAAAGGAAAGGGGUGGGAGAGCUGAGAGAAGGGAAAACUGUAUUCCUUGCAUUUUCCGAACUUACUUUUGGAUUCUGUCAAGGAUGAGGAGAGAGAAAUGAGUUCAAGCAAGUUAUACAUAGCCAGCCUCCAUGAAAUGCUAGAUGUAGUUAGCUAUUUAUUUUUGGUUAUUCAGAUGCUGAUAUUUCUGCCCAAAUUUAUAAAUCCUGAAGAUUGCAGUGAACAUGUUGCUUGUUUUCUUUUGCUUUUUUGGUAAGGAGGGGACAGAGGGUCAGGGCAUAUCAGAAGGAGGUAACAUUUUAAAUGACAUGGAAGAGCAAAUAUACAGGCUUAGGUGGCCUGUAUAACUGUAUAAUAGAUGCAAGAUAACUUGAUAAUGUACGCUUUUAUGUUUGACAAUCGUUAAUCUUGCUUCGGAAAAAGAAAAAGUUUCUCUUUUUUUUUGUUAAGUGCUUGUACCAAUAAAGGUUCUGGAUAAAGAGAGAAAGAAUGAAAAAAGGACAUUUCUAUAAUUCAUACGUUUCAUUUGCAUUUUCAAGACCACAAGUAAUUAAAGAAAAUUGACUAAACUUUUUUAAAGAAAGAGAAUUAGGUGCUUGGCUGAAACCCAGUAUUCUAAGUGAUUCAUAUGUUUACCAAUUAUGAAAAUAAGCCCUGUUUUAAUGUACAAUUAGUGAAUAACAAUAUAAUUAUAUGAUGUGUUUUACACACAGAGCAGCAACCAAUACACUCCUAAAUCUGUCAAAUGCAUAUAAAUAUUAUUUUAUACAUUCUUAAGAAUUUAAUAGGUUCAGAUCUACUUGAUUUUUGUGCCUCUGCAAAGUCCUUGGUGUUUCAUUCUGUUGCAGAAAUAUUAAUUGCAUCCUUUGCAGAGAGUAACAUUCAGAAGGGUGCUAGGCUGUGAAGGGUAUAAAGUGACCACCAGCUAUAUUGUUCACAUUACCCUGAAGCUGCUGCGCAUUGCAAAUCAGAACUUUGGUGCUCCGAGAAUGAUGCACGAUAACACAAAGGUUCAAUGGGACAGGCAUUGAAUGUUCUAUGUAGGAAAGCAUGCCAGCUUAAACCUGGAUCCUUGGACAUAGGAAAACAAUUGUUUGAAUCAGGAAGGCUUUUUAAGCAACAAUGUGGAUCACGUGCCAUUGUUAGAGUGUUGCUGCUUCAGAUGUAACUGUGCUCACCCCUUGGCAUCAAGUCGUGUAAUUCCACUCUGAUCAUUCAUUAUCCUUGGACUCUAAUGAAAGUUCAGCAGUGAUUUGUCUGAAUAUGCUUCGCACUCGCCUUUAUUCAAUGGAGAUUAUAACGGCACAUCUAUUGCCCAUGUUUAAUCAUGAACACACUGGAUCUGUGCAGGUUGCUCUCUCUGGAAAACUAUCUGCAGUAGAGUCUAAACAUUUGAAUAGGAGCACUCACAUACAGUGCCAAGAUGUCCCACAUUUCAGCCGUUAGUACAGGAGAGUAUUGGGAGUAAACAUAAAUAAGCAAGUAGGGGAAAUAUGAGCAUUCUUUAGUAUAGUUUUAGAGAUACACAGUAGAAACGGGGACAGUGCACACUAGUUCUAUGUCAUCCCAGUUUCACAUCCUACAGUUUUCAGGAGGCAAUUAACUUUCAAACCUGCACGUCUUUGAAAAGUGGGAGGAUACCGGGGCACCCGGAGAAAAUCCACGCUGUCACAGGGAGAACGUACAAACUCCGUAUAGAGGUCAGGAUCGAACCUGGGUCACUAGCGCAGUUAGCGAGCAACACUACUGCUGUGCCACUUUAAUGCCCACAUCUGUUUUUACUUCAGAAGGCCAAGAGGAACCAGAUAAACUGCUAGAGCAGGAAGAGGAGCAAAAUAUUCCAAAUCAGUCCAUCACAUUAUUUAUAACUUAAAAGAGGAGCAAGAUUUAAUAGGAACCUGAGGGGCAACUUUUUCACUUUUUCAGCUUGGUGGGUAAAUGCAACAAGCUGCCAGAUGACAUGGUUAAGGUCGAUACUGUAACAGCCUUUAAACACACUUUGACAUAUACAUGGAUACAAAAGAUUUGAUGGAUAUUGGCCAAACACAGGCAAAUUGGACUAGCUUAGAUUGGGCAUCUUGGUCGGCAUGGCAAGUUGGCCCAAGGGCCUGUGACCAUGCUCUACAGCUCUGUAACUCUCUAUGAUUUUAAAUGUAAAUCUGGAGGGAUAACCUCUCUGGAUUACUGACCACAUGAGAUAUCAUAAUGUCUUUGACUGAUUCAAUGAUAUUUUAUUGUCACACGUACCUAGGUGCAGUGAAAUUCUUUGUUUUUCCAUACAAUCCUGCAACAUCAUACAUCAGACUUCACCUACUGUAUGCAGUACACAACGAUUCUGAGAAUAUCGCUGCUCUUCAAGAUGUUCAAGGAGCUUAGCAGUGAACAUGUUUCUCCAUGUAGUCUUUCUAAGCAGCUGCUUUAUUUUAGUUUAGAGAUACAGCGUGGAAUCAGGCCCUUCGGCUCACCUGGUCCGCGCUGACCAGCGAUCCCCGCACAUUAACACUAUCCUACACCCACUAGGGACAAUUUUUACAUUUACCAAGCCAAUGAACCUACAUACCUGUACGUCUUUGGAGUGUGGGAGGAAACCGAAGACCUCGGAGAAAACCCGCGCAGGUCAUGGGGAGAACGUACAAACUCCAUACAGACAGCACCCACAGUCGGGAUCGAACCCAGGUCUCCGGCGCUGCAUUCGCUGUAAGGCAGCAACUUUGCCACUGCGCCACCGUGAUAUGGACUAAACAUGGUCAAAAAGGACUAGUUUAGAUGGGGCAUCUUGAUUGGCAUUGACGAAGGGUUGAAAGGCCAGUUUCCUUGCUCUAUGACUCUGUAACUCUAGAACCUAAGAAGUGCUUUCUUGACGGAUGGGAAUAUCAAUUAUUGUUGCAAGCCAACAGUAAAUCAGAGAUCAACCAUAGUGGCAAUAAUUUCUCCAGACCUACCUAAUACAUUUCUCCAUUUCCCACAACAGGCCUACCUAAUAAAGACAAGCAAAAGCAAUUGAGAUUGGCAAUUCUGGAGAUAAGCCAAAUUGUAGAUCAUGAAACGGGAGAUCUUCCCCUCCCUCUCCUGUUCCAUUUUGCUCUCCACUUAUUGUGUCUUUCACUCUGAUUUCCUUGAAGGUUUUUUUCCUUUUAGUCACGUUCUUCCUUUCCUAAGUAAGUGUUCCACAUUUUUCUGUUUCAUUGUAUCCUUUUUGCAGUUAUGUUUGUAUGUUAUUUAAGUUAAGUUGAGCUAAUAAUAUGAUAUGCACAAGCAUGAUAAUGUACAGGUGCAAUGAUCAUCCUAUACCAGCAGUGCAAGCACAUAGUUGCCAACCACACACAAAAACAUCAAGUACACAUAAAUUAUACAUAAAUUCUACAAGGCAGAGAAAAUAAAAAGGCUGUGCAAAAAGCAAGACAUUAGUGCAAAAAAGUUGAAAAUAAGUAUGAUUAUGCAAGGGGUGGUCUAUGGUGUUCCGUUGCUGAGAUGGGAUUAGGAUUAUGCAGGUUGAUUCAAGAACAUGAUUCUUGCAGAAAAGUAGUUGUUCCUGAACUUGGUGGUGUGGGUCUUCAGGUAUAUUUUAAUAUGUUAAUUGGAAACUCAUUAUGCGUGGUCCAUGUGCAAUAAUAGUUCAACCAUACUUUAUUCUCACAUUUGCUAAACACAGUGAAAUUAUUUCUGAGCUGCCAGAUUUGGCGCUAUUUCUAAAGUCUGGCCCACGCUCUAGGUCUUAUGGAGCGGCACCCGAUCCAGGUGAGCCCCAGGCUACUGCACGGCCUCCAGCCGUCGCCUUCAUCUGGAUUGUUCAGCGAACUGACGCCCAUUGUUCCUUUCAGAACAGCCAAAGAUCUUCAGAACCAGUGAAGUAACUAUAUAAUGAGCACUGUAUUUAGGCAGCUAACAUGGCUUCCUGCACCAACAGAGGAGUCAACAUCAGUUGUCGUGGAGAUAGAAUUUGUAAACAAAGUUCCCUGCCACAUUGAAAGCAGUGAUGCUGUCCCACAACAAUCCCAAGAGGCUUCUGUUCCAGGGAGCUACUGGGCAUCUUAUGGCAAAGAGAACAGUACAAGUACAGGCCUUGCUGCUUAUGAGUAACAUGCUCUUUGAUGGCCUUGGAUUCAAGUCUUAGUCUGGCAACAAACGCAAAAUCAAGGUUAACAUUCCUAAUACUGAGUAACAGGUGAGAUGUUAUCUGAAGCUGGGUGACUGCAGUGAGUUUCUCCUAAUUUUUUCACAAAUCCUUAUCUCAAAACCAAAUUAUUCGAUCCAGAUUUUCUCUUCGUUGUUACGUUGGAUUUUGUUAUACCUGUCCCAGCAGACACUUAUACUUGCAUUUGUAGCUCCUUCCAUACACCCACCAACAUCUGCAUGAAAACAUUGCCCCACAGGUUCCGAUUAAAUCUUUCCUCUCUUAAACCAAUGCCCUCUAGUUCUUGAUUCCCCUAAACUUUGAAAAAGACCCUAUGCAUUCCCCUCAUGAUUUUAUGACCUUCUAUAACAUUACCCCUUGGCCUUCGACACUCCAAGGAAUAGUGCAACCCUGCCUAACUUUCAAUGGCACAGGUCUUCAAGUCCUGGAAACCUCAUAAAUUACGAGGUAUCCUCAUAAAUCUUUUCUUCCUCAAUUCCAUGAUCUGUCUAAACUGUUUCUAGCUCCACCCCUAAUGAUCCAGCCUGCACAAUUCCCCUAAGAAGAGAAUUCCAUAAAUCACCACACGUUGUGAAAAGAAAUGUCUACGCACCUUGGUUUUAAAUUAGCGACCCCUGUUCUUGUAAUCAUGUCGCCUCAUUCCAGACGCCCUCUGGUGAAAAGAUCUCAACAGCUGUCCUAUCAUGGCCUCUUUAGAUUUUGCAUGUUUCAAUAAAUCACCCUUCUUCUAAACUUCAAGGAAUACAGGCUCAACCUGUCUCACAUAUCUUAAUAGGACAACCCUCUCAUCCCAGGAUUAUCCAACUGAAUCUCCUUUAGAUGGUCUCCAAUUCUAUUGCUUUCUUUUUUAGGUUUGGGGAUUAGAAUUGUGCACAGUAUUCCAGGUGUGGCCUCACAAACACAGUGUAUAUAUAUAUAUAUAUAACAAAACAUAACUUUCUACACUCCAACCUCAUCGCCAAUAUGCCAUUUGCCAUCUUUACCACAUGCUGCACCUGCCUGCGAACUUCUUUGUGAUUUGUUUGGGCUUGGCCACUUAACCUUGCCUGUAAAUGGACUGAACCCUGACAUUGACACCCAGCUGUUUACCUUUUCUGAUUUAUGAACAAUAACCGUGCUUCAAUUGGCAUUUGACCUUUAAGCCUGGUGUCUAAUCAGCAUGUUGGAUUGGAAACACCAUGAGUAGAAAGGGAAGAAAAGUUGCCUGAGAGUAAAGGUUGCACCCACAAAGCACGCCAAACAGAUCUGGAAAACCUGAAAAAGGUAGACAUUGCAACAGGUCUAAUCCUUGACAGGAGCAGGUAGCUAAGAGGAGAGAAAUUCAACUGCAGGUUGUAAUAUUACCCUGUAAUUUAAAAUAGAACACAGCUCACUCAGGCAGCUGAUCCUUGUUUCAUCGUGUUGAAGGGAAUACAAUCCAUUUGAAACUCUCCAGGGAUGAUAUUUUUUAAUUUUUUUAAAUAAAGCUCAGAUGGCAGUUUUGCCUUUCCGAAGCACCUUCUAAUCAGGGAUUGGUGAUUCAUUAUUAGCUUCGGUAGACAAUUCAUCUGACAUGAAAGGAGUAAAAAUUAGCAGCUGCCACACUGUGAUGAGUUAAUUUCCUGACAGAACUGACACUGAAAAGCCAUUUGGAGACAUGGAGAUGGCUGAUGAAAAUCUGGUGGUAGUUUAUAAUUGGAGAGAAGGAAAUGCUAGAAAAUAAGGAGCGGUGGAGACUAGAUAAUCUACAAGUGUUGUGAGCAGAGCAUAUGCCUGCAUAUAUACAGCAUGCUAUAUUGUGAUUUGUCAAAACAUAGUGUGGCAACCCAGUAAUAUUUAAAGAGGGAACAAAUAUUGAAAAAAAUGGCAUGGAAAAUGCACUUACCACUUUAGGCAUUUUAAGGAGGCAUUUUAUUUUUCACACAGAGACUGGUGAGUCUCUGGAUCUCUGCCACAGAAGGUAGUUGAGGCCAGCUCAUUGGCUAUAUUUAAGAGGGAGUUACAGUGUAUUCUGAAAGUAUUCAGACCCCUUCACUUUUUCCACAUUUUGUUACGUUACAGCCUUAUUCUAAAAUGGAUUAAAUUCAUUUUUUUUAUCAGCAAUCUACAUACAAUAGCCCACAAUAAAAAAGUGAAAACAGGCGUUUAGAAAUUUUUGCAAAAUAAUUAAAAAUAAAUAACUGAAAUAUCACAUUUACAUAAGUAUUCAGACUCGUUACUCAGUACUUUAUUGAGGCACCUUUGGCAGUGAUUACAACCUCAUGUCUUCUUGGGUAUCACGCUACAAGCUUGGCACACCUGUAUUUGGGUAAUUUAUCCCAUUCUUCUCUGCAGAUCCUCUCAAGCUCUGUCAGGUUGGAUGGGGAGUGUUGAUACACAGCUAUUUUCAGGUCCCUCCAGAGAUGUUCGAUCGGGUUCAAGUCCGGGCUCUGGCCGGGCCACUUAUGGACAUUCGCAGACUUGUCACAAAGCCACUCCUGCGUUGUCUUGGACGUGAGCUUUAGGUCGUUGUCCUGUUGGAAGGUGAACGUCUGCCCCAGUCCGAGAUCCUGAACCCUCUGGAGCAGGUUUUCAUCAAGGAUCUCUCUAUACUUUGCUCCGUUCAUCUUUACCUCGAUCCUGACUGGUCUCCCAGUUCCUGCCGCUGAAAAACAUCCCUACAGCAUGAUGCUGCCACCACCAUGCUUCACCGUAGAUAUGGUAUUGGCUAGGUGAUGAGCGGUGCCUGUUUUCCUCCAGACGUGACACUUUGCAUUCAGGCCAAAGAGUUCAAUCUUGGUUUCAUCAGGCCAGGGAAUCUUGUUUAGGUGCCUUUUGGCAAACUCCAAGCGGGCUGUCAUGUGCCUUUAACUGAGGAGUGGCGUCUAUCUGGCCACUCUACAAUAAAGGCCUGGUUGGUGGAGUGCUGCAGAUAUAGUUGUCCUUCUGGAAGUUUCUCCCAUCUCCACAGAGGAACUCUGGAGCUCUGUCAGAGUGACCAUUGGGAUCUUGGCCACCUCCC